UCUCAAGACUAUAUUAAAAUUUUUGGAAGUAAUUAUAGCCGCAGUUCUUCAAAACAAGUCACCAACCAGUUUGUCAACAUAUAUACAAAUGUCUUCAGCUGAGGGCGAUGUUAUUAGGAAAGCUUUCCUGAUUAAAGUUAGUGAAGAUACAGAAGUCUCCGGCCUCAGAAAGUCAAUUAGGGAUGGAAAAAAACGGUUUGCCCAUAUUGAUGAAGAAGACCUAAUUCUAUGGAAGGUGAAUAUCCCUACACAUGGUAAAGACCUGGGAACUGUGAUAAUAUCAAAGAACAAUUCGGAGGUGUGGAGUUGUCUCCAUUCGAAAAUGUUGGUCUUUGUCGAACCAGAACAUUUUUCUGACAAAGAACCCAUUAAUAAAAACAUUCGUAUCAUUAUGCAACUACCUACCACUACUGGAAAAAGAAAGCUGGAAGAUUCGGGCAAAGAAAGUGGAAACCGAAGCAAAAAGAAAGGGAAACAAACAUAUCCCACAGAAUCAGAAGAAGGCCGUGAUAGUCUUAUGGUUAUAUCAUCUAAAAGGUUGAAGUGGAUCACUAAGUUUGUGGAAAAUAACCAGAUUAGCCUUUUGCGAAGUCCUCCAUCAUCAGGCACGAGUACUCUUGGACAAGUACUCCGAGACUACUUCGAAAGUCUCGAUUAUGAUAGCAUAUACAUUAGUCUUGCUGGUAUAAGUAGUACACAAGCAAUCUACGAUGAAGGGCUCUUUGACAAUUUCUGGAGAAACAAAGUCGGGUUUACCUGGACAGAAAUCAGUAAAUGUAAAAAGGUCAUUUAUGUGUUCAUCGAUGAAAUACAGAUUAUCUAUGGUAACGGCGCUCCAUUCUUUUGGGGUAGAGUGAAGGAUCUUUUGUCAAGCGAAUCAAAUAUUCAAAAUAUUCGGAUAGUUUUACUCGGCACAUACCAUCCAACACUUGAUCCUCAAAUGACACCCGUGGAUCUCCAUACACUUGGUUUGAAUGCCCUACUUCUAACAUGGGAAGAAGUCCAUCAGCUUAUAAUUAUCUAUAUUCAGAGACACGCUACUUUGGGUAGCCCGAAUUUCAACAUUCCUGAACCAGUUCAGAAAGCAAUCUUUAAUCUUACCGGUGGACAUCCUGGUUUGUGUCGAUUCAUUUUGACUGCAUUGCGCAAUCAAUUUCGCGAAAAUGGAAAAACAGUGGAAAUGCUGCGAUAUCUUGCUUCAUCAUAUUUACGAGAUGGUAUAACAGCAACUGCACGCGCUUUUCACUGGAUCCGUGGCUGGAAUCUAACUAAUGACGAAUCUGAAUUUAUUCGCAAAAAGCUAAUCUUCUAUCAAACUAGUAAUCCAUUUCCUGCUGACUGUAUCUCAUAUCCUGUUACUAAGAAAUUUAUUAAGUUAGGUCUCUUCUCCACGAUUGAUUCUAAUGAACAAAUCCAAUUUUCCGCUCCCAUAAUGCGAGUUAUUCUGAGCCAACGCCUGUUCACCUCCCCUGUAAAUUUCGGAUCAUUACCUGCAAAAACCUUUGACGAGUUUUUGAUGCGAACUAUUGAACGCAUGAACCCAUCUAAGUUGUCUGAAUCGUUUGGAAAAGGAUAUGCCGAAACUUACGGUAAUCUUGGUAACAAUCUAAGUUGGCAAAUGGAAUGGUAUCGUACUGCUACAACUGUAGUUCCAGAAGGCACAUCAAUAAGUGCUGAUGUUGGUGCCGUGUUUGGCUCAGCUGGAUUUCUGAAUUUUUAUGUUAAUGGAGAACUUUGCUGGGGGAUUGAACUGAUACGUGAGGGUGAUCGUUUGAAGAAACAUGCAGAACGAUUUGAACAAGGUGGCGAGUAUGCCAACAUUCCAUUGAAAGAUUGGGCUAUCAUUGAUUUCCGACAUUAUACAAAACAAAUAAGAGAAUUAAAACCAAACUUCUGGUAUGUGCUCUACAUGGAUAACUAUGAAAAAGUUACUAUCAAACGUCAAGGGUAUAAGGAUAAAUUGCUUGUCUUGCAAGGCGAUAAUAUGUAA